AUGAGAGAAGAAGGAAAAACGAUUUGGAAGAAAUUUCCAUUUGCUUUGGGUGCUUUGCGAAAUUUGAUUACGAUGUGGACUGGGGCCGGCUUUCAGAUCAAAACAUCAAAGCGAGAAAAAUUGCUUUCGUCCAACAAGCGAACAGCAUCCGGCACAUGUCACCCACAAAAACAAAGUCGGAAAGAAUCACAACUCUUAUCACAUCCCAUGCUUCUCAAAAUCACAAAUAAAUUUAAAGAACAUAAAGAACUGAUAUUUAUGGCUCUUUUCAGGCAUUCUUUGUCAAAAAAGACAAAAAAGGGGCGAAAACUUAAAGAUGAAAAACGGAAAACUUUUCCUAAAAAACAUGAAUCAAGCGCGAAACUUUUGUUCGCUUUAAAAUGUGUUUAG